AUAUUGUGUGUGACUAUGUCAAUGGCGGUCAAGGAAUUAGCACUCGUUUUGACUCUAGUUAUAUCCAUUAACGGAUAUCUCAGUCAUGGAUUCAAAAAUCAAUGUGUAUCCAAAACGAAAAAUAUACCAAUAGUUUCGAGAGAUGAGUGGGGCGCGCAGUCACCGACUUUCAUCAGCAACCUAACCCUCCCAGUGCCGUAUGUGAUCAUCCACCACACGUACGAGCCUGGAGCGUGUUUCUCGCUGCAGGAGUGUUCGAAAGCCAUGCGUUCAAUACAGAACUAUCAUCAAGGAACGCAAGGAUGGGCUGAUAUCGGAUACAAUUUCGCGGUAGGGGGUGAUGGCUCUAUUUACGAAGGUCGCGGCUGGAAAGCAGUGGGGGCACAUGCGUCGGGCUAUAACUCCGUCAGCAUUGGCAUAGUUCUCAUUGGAGAUUACGUCUCUCAGCUACCACUAGCACACCAACUAGAACUGACAAAAGAAUUGAUAACAGUCGGAGUGGAACUGGGCUAUAUAAGUAAAGAUUACUCACUAAUUGGACACCGACAAGUUAGGAGUACGGAGUGCCCGGGUGACGCGCUAUUCCAGGAAAUUACUACUUGGGAUAGAUUCGUACCUACUGUAAAUACAAACUGA